UUACACUCUCCCCAUUUCAGUCACGAACCCUCUUUCUCAAAAAAAAAAAAAGCCGCCGCCGCUCCACAGUCGAAGACCUCCGUUCAGCCAUCGACCCUCUGUCGCUACUCCACAGUCGAAGACCUCCGUUCAGCCAUCGACCCUCUGUCGCUACUCUACAGUCGAAGACCUCCGUUAAGCCAUCGACCCUCCGUCGCUACUCCACAGUUGAAGACCUCCGUUCAGCCAUCGACCCUCCGUCGCUACUCCACCGUUGAAGACCUCCGUCGCUAAUCCACAGGAAUAAAAUAGAAACAUAUAGUACUAAUUUUGAGCUUCAAGUUUCAGCUCUAAAACCCUAAACCUCAAAUUCCAUCAAAAUUCUGGAGAAGAAAUGGCGUUUAGAUCCAAGGAAAUGAUGAAAAAGAUAGUGAAGAAUAUAGGUGGAGAGAAGAACUUGGCAUCUGGAGUUAAAGAACGGCUUGAGAAAUGCGUGCCAAAUGCAAAAGUUGUCAUGGGUCGUGCUCAGCGUGGCCUCUUCGCUGGCCGUCACAUUCAGUUUGGCAAUCGGGUCAGUGAGAAAGGUGGAAAUACGUCUAGGAGGACUUGGAAGCCUAAUGUGCAAGAGAAACGGCUUUUCAGCUACAUCCUCGAUCGCCAAAUUCGUGUGAAGGUUACAACUCAUGCCUUGCGAUGUAUUGACAAGGCAGGUGGUAUUGAUGAGUACCUGCUGAAGACACCUUACCAUGAGAUGGACACUGAAUUAGGCCUGUUCUGGAAAGCUAAGAUUGAGAAGUUGUACGAGGAGCUUGGUAAAAUGGAGGUAGUUUUCUUUACACCCGAAGAAGAAACAAAACUUGAAGAGCAAUUUAAGGAAGUGAAGUUGGAAGAAAGAGCAGCCCGUAGGGAAGCCAGAAGGAAGAUGUAUGGUUGGUCACCAAAAUCAGAGGUAAAAGCAGAUUCUGAAGGAACUGACGGAGAAGGAAGCUUACCAACUGAUUUCCAUGAAGGGAUGGUCGCCAAUGCUUGAAAACACAGAGAAAAUGUUGUUGGCUUCCAAGGUACUUGCUGAUAUGAAGGGCUUCUUUUGUUGGUCGUAGUGUCUUCGUGUUCCUGAUAUUUAUUCAUAUCCAUGAAUUUUGCCUAGCAUCUGCUUUAGUGUAAUGUUUUUCUGGAUAUAUAAUAACCAGAAAUUCUGCAGCUAUCACAAUACAUGUAGUUGGCUUAAUUAAAUUACUCAUCUUUGCAAGUUCAUACAGUACUCAAAUUUCAAGUGUUCAAUGCUCAUCCCAAGGGUACAAAGAAGAAACACGAUUUUUUAUCA